UGCGGUUUCAAAAAAGGAAGUUGCUCCCAGCAACCGCGCAACAAACAUUUUGUAGGUGCCACUCCGGCACAUAAACACCAAGCUGACAAUUGCUGCUGACGGAUUAAUUCUUCCUCCUCAUAAUUUACCCGGCAACAUGGGUUGGCACUGGCUGGAAGUGGGCUCGUACAUAACGAUCACCUCGUUUUUGGUGCUAACUGCCGUGGUCACCAUCGGUUUCCACCACGUGCCCUCGCUGUCCAAGUGGCUGCCCGAGUCAUGCGUGCUAAUCAUCUUGGGUUUGGCCAUCGGCCAAUUCCUGAAAUUGCUUGACGCUCUGCCUAACGAUCCAAUUGCAAAUCCGGAGCAAAUGGUCACAAAUGACAGCACAAACUGCACCGCAGAGACGGCAGAGAAAUACCCUUUCCUGGCCUUCACCCCGAGACUCUUCUUCUACGUCCUGCUUCCUCCCGUGAUUCUAGAGUCGUCAUACACGUUAUACGACUCGGACUUUGCAUCCAACAUCGGAACAAUCAUGUUGUACGCAGUUGUGGGAACCGUGAUCAACACUUUUGCCAUAGGUCCGGCUUUGUACGCUCUGUACCAUAUGGGAGCGAUGGGAGACGGCGCCCUGCUCGUGAAUCACAACAGCUCGUACACCCUGACCAUGCUGGACGCGCUUAUUUUCUCGGCCCUCAUCUCCGCGGUCGACCCUGUCGCGGUGCUCGCCAUUUUUAAUGAGACCCACAUCGACAGAAUCCUCUACUUUUUGGUUUUUGGAGAGUCGCUGUUCAAUGACGCCGUAACAGUGGGCAUAUACCACACCCUGCUGGAAUUCGCGGAGUCGGCUGAGCCGGUGGGGGCUGGGAAAGUGUGCCUGGGGCUGUUGAACCUGGUGGCCAUCGGGGUGGUCGGUCUUCUCAUUGGCAUUGUUUUUGGUCUCGUGGCCGCGCUCUUGACCAAGACCACCAAGCACGUGCGAGUGUUCGAGCCGCUUUUGAUCCUAGGCAUCGCCUAUAUGUCCUACAUGACUGCUGAGCUCUUCGCAUUUUCCGGAAUCAUCAGUAUUAUCGGAUGUGGCCUCGUCCAGUCUCAUUACGCAAUGCGAAACGUCUCUCGAAAGUCUAAAACUACGGUUAAAUACUUCGUCAAAAUGUCCAGUGCAAUCAGUGAGGCGAUAAUUUUCCUCUUCCUGGGCUUGGCAUUUUUUAUGGAAAGACACGAGCUCCACGCCGGAUUUAUAGCGUGGACCUUGGUUUUGUGCUUAGUCUGCCGAUUCAUUUCCGUUCUGCUGCUAACCGAUCUGGUGAACUCGCGCCGAGUCCGCAGAAUUUCUUUCUUCGAACAGUUCAUAAUGGCUUACGGCGGGUUGCGAGGCGCCGUUUGCUUCUCGCUCAGCCACAUGCUACUCCCGGACGUAGUCAAACCGAGGGAACUCUUUCUCACCACCACCCUGGCAGUUAUCAUUUUCACCGUCUUCGUUCAGGGCAUCACUCUCAAGCCCCUGAUGAAUCUUUUGAAUAUUAAAAGGGCCGACGACAGCAAAGACAAGCCCUUGAUUGUCGAUCUCAGUGAAAACGUAGCGACCUUGAUGCUCGCCGGGAUGGAGCAAGUUAUUGGAAUCACGGGCCACUUUUCUGUUUUUUCAAAGUUGCUGCAGUGGGACGAUAAAUACUUGAAAAAGGUCUUCCUAAUUUCGGAAUACGAGCCGGACGUGCUCCGCGCGUUCAAAAGACACGCUCGCCAGCUGCCCAUAACUCCGGUCGACGUGUUGCGACCUGGUGCCGGGCUCGGUGAGGAGAGCGUCCAGCAAGGCAGGCAGAUCAAAACGAUGCUGCACAAUUUCAGGCCAAUGUCUUUCAUGCGGCACCACGUGGAAGACGACACUUGCGAGUUGGAGAAACUUGACGAGCCGGCAGUUUGCUUUAGAAGACAAUCGCAGAUCUUCAAUGCCAGACAGAUUCACGGCGCGUGGCGGCGGCAAACUACUAGAGAAAAUAUGCUGAAUCUGGACGAAGCGUGAAGGAGGUGUGAAGAGAAUUAAGCAGAGUAGGUUUCGAAAUCACAAUAGGCGUUUUAUUACUAUAAUCAAUAAUAAAUUAUGAUAAUAAGCU